CAAAACGUUCAAGAGAUGUAUCACUUUUUUCUUCUUAAUUCUAAAAUUGUCAUAGACGUCCCAGAGAGAGAUGUUCUUGAGCCCACCGUUGCAGAUCUGCAGUUAGAGACUGCAUCAUCUGCUAUCAAAGGUGCUAUUCAGCUGGGAAUAGGAUACACAGUGGGGAAUCUCACUUCCAAGCCCGAUAGAGAUGUCCUCAUGCAAGACUUUUACGUAGUGGAAAGCGUCUUCCUGCCCAGUGAAGGGAGCAAUCUGACCCCAGCUCAUCAUUACCCAGACUUCAGGUUUAAGACAUAUGCUCCACUAGCGUUCCGAUAUUUCAGAGAACUUUUUGGUAUCAAGCCUGAUGAUUACUUGUAUUCCAUCUGCAGUGAACCUCUAAUAGAGCUGUCCAACCCCGGAGCCAGUGGAUCCUUGUUUUUUGUGACCAGUGAUGAUGAAUUUAUCAUCAAAACCGUUCAGCAUAAAGAAGCUGAAUUCCUUCAGAAGCUACUGCCAGGCUAUUACAUGAACUUAAACCAGAAUCCAAGGACUCUUUUGCCAAAAUUUUAUGGACUGUAUUGCAUGCAGUCAGGAGGCAUCAAUAUCAGGAUUGUGGUGAUGAACAACGUCUUACCGCGCUCCAUGAGAAUGCACUUCACAUAUGACCUGAAGGGCUCCACUUACAAGCGAAGAGCUUCCCGAAAGGAGAGAGAGAAAUCCAACCCCACAUUUAAGGACUUAGAUUUUCUGCAAGACAUGCACGAAGGGUUAUAUUUUGAUACAGAAACAUACAAUGCGCUCAUGAAAACACUUCAGAGGGACUGCCGGGUGCUGGAGAGCUUCAAAAUCAUGGACUAUAGCCUUUUGCUGGGAAUCCACAUCUUGGACCAUUCCCUCAAAGAGAAGGAAGAGGAGAACUCACAGAAUGUGCCUGAUGCUAAGCGGUCCGGGAUGCAGAAGGUCCUCUAUUCCACGGCGAUGGAAUCCAUCCAGGGUCCGGGCAAACCUGGAGAUGGGAUCAUCGCAGAGAACCCGGACACAAUGGGAGGCAUUCCAGCUAAAAGCCAUAAGGGAGAAAAACUACUUUUAUUUAUGGGCAUUAUUGAUAUUCUGCAAUCAUAUAGGUUAAUGAAGAAGCUAGAACAUUCCUGGAAAGCUCUGGUCUAUGAUGGGGAUACCGUUUCCGUUCAUCGACCAAGCUUUUACGCUGACAGGUUUCUGAAGUUUAUGAAUUCCAGAGUUUUCAAGAAAAUUCAAGCCUUGAAGGCCUCGCCUUCUAAAAAACGUUGCAACUCCAUCGCCGCCCUGAAGGCCACCUCGCAAGAGAUCGUGUCCUCAGUUAGCCAGGAGUGGAAGGACGGGAAGCGAGACUUGCUGACCGAGGGGCAGAGUUUCAGCAGCCUUGACGAAGAAGCCCUGGGAUCCCGACACAGGCCGGACCUUGUGCCUAGUACCCCGUCACUGUUUGAAGCUGCUUCCUUGGCAACCACUAUUUCAUCGUCUUCCUUAUAUGUCGAUGAACAUUGUCCACACGACAGGACUGCACUCUAUUCAAACAGUAAAGGGUUACCUUCCAGUUCAACAUUUACCUUGGAAGAGGGGACCAUCUACUUGACUUCUGAGCCGAACGCUCUGGAAGCGCAAGACGAUGAUGCCUCCGUGCUGGAUGUCUAUUUAUAAGUGAAAAUGGUGACCGUGAGAUGUGAACACAAUUGUGGAUGAGAAGUUUCCCUACUCCGGAAUUACCCAGAGGAACUUGGCGACCCCCACUGCACACGGAAUAAUAAUCAACCGGAUUUAGGAAUUUGCAAGGUGUCAGGGGAGCCUUGGUCCGUAGGCUGACCAGCAGAUGUGAUGUGAAAAAUACCACACUAUUCUAUCAUUUGCUGUUGCUUGCUCAACUGUGGAGAACUGCAUGAGCUCGAUUUCAGCUGCUUUCAUUGCCAAUCACCAUUUGGGACUUGGAAGUGCUAUUUUCCUAUGGACACUUGCAUUUUUUCGUUUUGCAUGCAUCCAAUGAUUAUACAUAAGCAACACAUGUAAUCUGCUUAUUUUUUAAAAAUCCAUCCAUGCAAAAUGGUAAAUAAAGUCUAAAUUCUGCUCUUUUUUGCAAAUUAUAAUCAUAGCCCAUGUCUUUCAAAGUUUAACUUGGUUUCAUAUAAAGAUCAGUGUAAUAGGUCUGCAUAUACUUUAUAGAAAACUAGCUUCUAUAAAGAUUUUUUCACUGUUUACUAGUGAAAUGAGAAAAGCAAAGCUAUUUAUAAAAGGCCUUAUGUAGUGUACAUACAUUGUCUUUGAAAUAUUUGUGAUUUAGUUUAUUGCUUGUAAAAGAGAAAUUAUAUAAUUUAUUUAGUAAAUACUAUUGUAAACUAUAGUUUUAUUGAGAGAAAUAAAAUAUUUUGUUCUCA